AUGGAGGCCCAAGACCCGCGAUGCGCCGAGCUGGAACACCCAGAGCUCAUCAACUUUGUCGUCUCCGUCCUCAUCGUCAUCGGCAUGCUCGUCUCCUACUUGCCGCAGCACUACAAGAUCAUAGCCCACCGCUCUUCGCGCGGCCUCAGCCCCAUGUUUGUCCUGCUCGGCACCGUCUCGGGCACCGCCAGCAUCGCCAACAUCCUGACACUGCCUGAGAGCACCAGGGACAUGGACUGCUGCCAGCAUAUUGGCACCUUCCCGUGCACAGCAGCCAUGCUGGGCAUCGUGCAGAUCGCUGUGCAGUGGGCUUGCUUCUUCUUCAUCAUGCUGUUGUUCCUCAUCUUCUUCCCCCGAGGCCCCUCGCUCGCCGCAGAAGACGAAGACCAAGACACCAAAAUCCCAACCUGGAAAGAGGCCGUCCUCGUCCUGGCCGUGUCGAUUGCCUUCUUCGUCGUUGCGCUGUUUGGCUCCGUCUUCGUCGUAUACGCGCUUCCGUCCCAUGUCCGCGGCUGGGCCAACUUUCUCGGACUGCUCGCUACCGUGCUUGCUGCCGUGCAAUACAUACCCCAGAUCUUCAUGACUUGGAAGCUGCAAGAGACGGGCAGCCUCUCGAUUCCUAUGAUGUGCAUACAGACUCCUGGCAGUUUUGUCUUCGCCGCCAGCCUAUAUGCCCGCUUAGGUCCAGCAGGCUGGAGUACGUGGGGCCUGUUCAUCCUCUCCGGCAUAUUACAGAGCUUCCUACUUUUCAUGGGCAUUUCGUUCAUCCUGAGGGAUAGGAAGGCCCAGCAAGCCCAAACCGCAGUCGUCAAGAUGAAGUUUUCUAGCGCAAUCGUCCUCGCGGGCGCUGCCCAGACAUUUGCUGCACUGAGGCCCCGUCCCAUGGUCUCGUCAGUGGCGAUUCAGGACGAGAUCAAGACGGACAAGUUGAUGGCCAAUCUCGAGGCAUUCGACGCAAUUGCAAAAGCCAAUGGUGGCAACCGCGCAUUCGGCCUUCCCGGCUACGCAGCUUCAGUCGACUACAUGCUUGCCAAGACACAAAACACGCAUUUCAAGACAUGGACCCAGGACUUUCCAGCGCUGUUCAACCGGGUUGACUCGAUUGAGUUCAGAGUGAGCAACACUUCGUACCGCGUCGUUGGACUGUCGUAUUCUCCCUCCACGACUCCCGAAGGCCUGACGCUUCCGCUCGCCCUGGGCGCCUCAGGACCCGAAGGCUGCACGAAUGAGGCAUACAACAAUCUGGACGUAAAAGGAAAGAUUGUUCUUGUUCAGCGCGGCUCAUGCCCCGACGGCACUACCCUUGCUGGACGCAUGAAGCCUGCCGCUGCUGCCGGUGCCGCCGCCGUCAUCAUCUACGCCAGCGACAGCGCCAACGUUACCGGUGGAACGCUCUCCAACCCCAACCCUAAAGAAUACGUGUCGACAGGCUACAUUAACCUUGCCGAUGCCGAGCCCCUUGUUGCCCGUCUCCGUGCCGGCGAGACCGUGGAAGCCUACUUCCAGCAAACGCAAGUCGUUGAAGAACGCAUCACACAAAACGUCUUCACCGAGACCAAAGACGGCGACCCAGAAAACGUCAUCAUGCUCGGUGCCCAUCUCGACAGCGUCCAAGCUGGCGCCGGUAUCAACGACGACGGCUCCGGCAGCACGCUGAUUCUCGAAAUCGCAAAGGCACUGCGAAAAUUCAACGUCAAGAACAAAGUCCGCUUUGCAUGGUGGGGCGCCGAAGAAAACGGGCUCCUGGGCUCCAAGUACUACACGCAGAACCUCAAUGCCACCGAAGCAAACAACAUCCUCACAUACCUCAACUUCGACAUGGUAUCCCGCGGCUACUUUGGCGUCUUCGACGGCGACGGCAGCGUGUACAACCUGACUGGCGCGCCCGGCUCUGCCGCCAUUGAAAAGCUCUUCGUCGAGCACCUCGAAGGCAAAGGCAUCAACGUAACAGCCGCCCGCUUCACCGGCGGCAGCGACUACCAAUCCUUCAUGAACAUCGGCAAGCCCGUCGGCGGCCUACACACCGGCACAGGCGUAGCCCAGGACCCUUGCUACCACCAAGCCUGCGACACCAUCGACAAUCCCAACCCGGAAACCCUGACUAUCAACGCAAAAGCCGCAGCCCACGUCCUGUCUAUCCUAGCCACCCGCGGCGAGGAAUUCAUUCCAAAGAGCCCCGUCAACGCGAGCAUGAUUACCGCCAGGGGCAUUAUCGGUGUGGAGCCCAGAUGGACAUUGCCCGAGGAGGGCGACAUGCAUCUUGCGACGUGUGGACAUGAUGUUUAG